UUUUGCAGGUGAUUGUUUGUCACGUGCAGUCAGGUGCUUUUCCAGCGCAGCCAUUGCAGCUCCUGGGAAGUUGGAUUACUUGCAAGAGGUCUUGGAGCAAUGGGCGAAAGAACUUGGGGUCCAGGACUUGCGUGCUUCAAAGGACCACUCUCUAGUUGGUGAGGCUACAGCUGCUGCCUUCCUGUACCUCAACGAGACCCUAGCGUUGUGGCCUGUCACAACCUUGCUGAAGGACUUGAGUGCUUGGGCAGAUCUUCAAUCUAGCACAUUCAGGGUGCAUUGCACUUACAUGGUGAAUGAAAUGGUGCAACAGCUCAAAGACAUCUUGACUGCUUUGCACGAACCCGAAGAUACUUCAGAAUCUGCAGAAGCACCGGCAACAGGGGAUGGUGGGGAGGCAGACGCCGCAGAGGAGGCUGCCGCAGAGACAAGUGAGGGGCAUCUGGAUGGGGAAGCCAAUGAGGAUAGUGGGGAGAAUGAGAACGAAGGUGAGAUGGGCGAUGAACCACUAGCCCCGGGAUCCACCAUUGACCAAAUGGAGACCUUGCCCUUCAAUGGUGAAGUUUCUGAGGACCAUGCCCCUACGAUGUCGACCACUGUGGACACUGACCACUGCGAGGCUGUGCACUCAGUUGUGGAGGAAGCUGCGUGCGACCCUUCAAAUCCAGAUGCAGCUGAUGUUGAGGCUACCGCUGACCUCCCCUGA